CAGUUCAGAGAGCUGCCCGACAGUGUCUCUCAGGAGUGUGUGGUCAGAAUCUAUGUGGUUCAAGCCAUCGACCUGCAACCCAAAGACAACAACGGCAAAUGUGACCCAUAUAUCAAAAUCUCUUUGGGGAAAAAGUCUAUUGAUGACAGGGACAACUAUGUACCAUACACACUUAACCCAGUGUUUGGAAGAAUGUUUGAACUGACAUGUUUCCUCCCACAAGACAAAGAUCUGAAAAUUGCCAUCUAUGACUUUGAUUUGCUCAGCCAUGAUGAGAAAGUUGGGGAGACGGUGAUUGACUUGGAGAACCGUCUUCUUUCUCGCUUUGGUUCCUACUGUGGUUUAGCCCAGACAUACUGCAUUUCUGGACCAAACCAUUGGCGUGAUCAACUCAAUCCAUCUAAGAUUCUUGAACAGCUUGCCCGAUGGAAAGGAUUGAGUCCACCCAGGAGCGAAGACAAUGGAAACACGUUAACCUUUGGUGGCCGAUUGUACUGCCUCUCUGACUUGGAUAUCACAUUUGAUUGA